GUGAAAAGAGAAAGCCUGGGCUGUGAGGGGAAUGUAUCUCCUCCCGCGGGCACGGUAGGAAUGUGUCAGGCUGCUGGGGCGCGUUCGGGACCCGAGGUGUACGAGGAGCCCAGAGCUGCCAUCAACUAAAAAAAGAUCUACCGGCCAGUGCCUCAUGAUUUGAAACUCUGAGAUAUUUCUAGUUCUGACAUGAAGAUGGAGGCAAUUGCAAAGGGUGAAGAACUUUUAGAUGCCGAAGUGCCUUCUCAAAUUGAUCAGCAGAAGGUGGACAGUCCAGCUGACGAGGGCUCUCUGGAACUAGAGGCUUCUAUAAAGGAUGGUGGGCAAGAUGUCCCAGACUCUUCCAGUCUUUCUUCAAUGCCUUGCCUGCUAAUGGAACUUAGACGGGACUCCUCAGAGUCUCCGCUCGCCUCCACGGAAAGCGAUAAACCGACUGCUGAGCGUGUUUAUGAAAGCGACUCUUCAAACCACUGCAUGCUUUCUCCCUCUUCCAGCGGACACUUGGCCGACUCUGAUACUCUGUCUUCCGCAGAGGAAAAUGCUCCAUGUCGUCCAGAAGCAAUAACAGAAGGCUGCGAUGCCUCCGUUCAAGGAGUCGUGGUUGCCCGUAAAUCAAGGAGGUCCCGGUCAGAGAGUGAAACGUCAACAAUGGCCGCCAAGAAGAAUCGCCAAUCGACCGACAAGCAGAACGGCAGAGUUACAAAAAUGAAGGGCCACCGAAGUCAAAAGCACAAGGAAAGGAUCCGACUGUUGAGGCAGAAGAGAGAGGUGGCUGCACGAAAGAAGUACAACUUAUUACAAGAUAGCAGUACGAGUGACAGUGACCUUACCUGCGACUCUAGUACAAGCUCAUCCGAUGACGACGAGGAAGUUUCAGGGAGCAGCAAGACAAUCACGGCAGAGAUAGCAGAUGGACCCCCGGUCGCGGCCCAUUUUGACGUCUCGGACACAAAUUCGGACCGGGAAGUGCUGAAUGUGCACAGCAUGUUGGCAGCGACGGUGGUAAAGGAACUUAAUUCCCUGUCCAAUCAGGAGAACCUCGCUCCUUGGCGUACGCGGGGGCUUCUGGACGAGCUCAAUGCAGACUCUGUUAAUUUGGAAGCGGCCAUGACGGCUGCUGAAGAGAUGCCUCCACAGACGGCCGCGAAUAAUGACAAAAUCAACAUUUCAUCAGACAGCGAAGUGGAGAUUGUGGGCGUUCAGGAACAUGCGAGGUUUGUUCAUCCAAGAGGGGGCGUUAUACAGAGUGUCUCUUCCUGGAAGCAGGCCGCCAUCAAUCAGUACCCCGGCUCCCACCCAAAUCCAUCAUGGACGGCCCCCCAGCCAAACUGGAUUUCGCCGCAGGAAGUAGUUGAUCUAACGCUGGACGAGGACACAAGACGCAAAUAUUUACUGUAAUAUCGGUCCCACUAUGUUUUCCACCGGCUUCUCGUGACGCAGAUCUUCCCCGUAAGGUUCCCGAUUCUCUCGCUCUCCCGCGAGCUGUGGAAUUCCUCUGAUUUUUUUUUUUGUUGCUGGAAAUCACGUGAAUUACCAGCAAGUUUGUCCGAGUGAUUUCAUGUCACUGUGAUACAAGAGAUACAAGUCUAGCGUAUAUACCCCCCCCCUCCGCGCCAAUUCAAUUGGGUGCAAUUAGGUUCCCCCUUCCCUUUGCCGAAUUCGAAUGCAUUGUUCAAGAAAGUUUAAUAUAUGCGCAAAUAUUCAUAUUUAUACCUAGGAAAUAAAAGGAAUGACGUUAUUUUUGUGACACGAACGCCGAGGAAGAUGGAACUUCAAAAUCAUUUGCUUUUGUCACACGUAAAAAAAAAAAAA